CAUCACAUGUGCUUCUAGAUUGUUCGUGAUAGUGAUUGUCUUUUAAAUCUGCUUUGGAUUUUUAAACAAUGAGUGAAAUUACGUCCAGGAAUAUUAUUAUAUAAAAGUGAGUGCAUUUUUAUUUCGUACUGGAAUACAAGGUGAACAAGACUUGUGCCACCCUUAAAAUGUUAAUUCCACGUUUCGAAUUAACCCAAUCCGACGAAGAAGUUUUUAUAGUUCUACAUGCGCCGUAUGCUAAUAUCAAAGACACUGAAGUUCACGUUGAAGGAAAUGAUUUUAGAUUUUACUCCAGUCCCUACUACCUUAGAUUAAAUCUUCCUGGAGAGAUUGUCGAAAAUGAUGCAUCUGCUGGUACUUAUGAUUGCGAAAAGGGAGCCUUUUCGAUGCGAUUUUCAAAAGUAAAUAAAGGUGAACAUUUCGAAAAUCUCGACAUGAUAAGCAGUCUACUUCAACCGCCAAAAAAGAAGACCAAUAUUCCUAAUAUUGAAGUUAUUAGCAAUCCUGCUGCUGAUUCAGAAAUAGAUAAGGGAGAAAAAGAGGAUGAGGGACAAAUUAGUGAGUCAGAUGAAUGGUUCAUACCCCAAAAUGUUACGGAGAAAGAACCUCUGAUUUCAUUAGAACAUCCGCAAUAUGGAUUUGGGAAUAAAAUUUCCCGGGCUCUCGACGCAUUUGAGGAACCGUGGCUCGCAGAAAUUAUCGACCUCCCUCAACCAGACAAAACUCCAGUAAGUUUGCGUAAAAGCCUUCGAGAAAAGCACGAGACAAAGAGUUUCAACGACACUCACUAUGUAGCAGAAUAUUUAGAACCGGAACAAAUUAAUGAAUAUAUUAACUUUGAAGCAGAGUGGGAUAAAUUAAAAUCGGAGGAAAUAGCUUUUAGUGAGGAGGAUGUUGAUCUUCUAAAGGAACUCCCGAAUAAGGAAUAUUUACUGAAUGAUAAGGAAAUUCGAAGCAUUACGUUAGGACUAGUUGACAUUCUUUUCGGUAGCUGUUAUAACUACAGGACAACUUUAGGGGAAAAUACUGUAGAGAGUGGGUGGACAAUUGCUAAACUCAGCUCUACUCUUUCCUGGUUUCAGUGUUUUGAAGAGCCCAAAGAAGUAUUGAUAGCUUGCUUAAGACGAUCUUUAUGCUUCCCACUUUUUCGAAACUGGAACCUUUCCAUGAAAGUAAUCGAAGACGUGAAAGAAGUUUUAAAACUUGGAAAGAAAUAUAUUAUUAAACGAUUCUGCGAGAUACAUAGUCUUUUUAAUAAAUCCUGCGAGCCCAGAUACGUUCUGAACCAACUUUAUAUAAAAGAUUAUUUGGUGUGGAUGCAACAGUCGCCAGUUUCUUUGUUCGAAACACUCGCAAAGGAAUUUGACGAGAUCAGUGUAACGAAAGAAGAAAUCGGUUUUAAUUUAAUUGAACUGGAGGCUUCAGCUUACGAUGUUUACGUAAAGGACUAUGUUAUCGAAAAUACAGCAACCGAAAGUGCUGAUUUGUUGAAAAAGUUUAGUAAAUUGACGACGACUGAGAAGCCAAUUCUUUCAGUUACUUCUUCUAGCAGCGACACUGAUUCAGACUCUGAUUCCACUUCCAACACCAGCAGCUGCAGUAGCAGCGACACAAACGAGAGCAAAAAAAGCAGUAAGGAAAGCGACCACACAAGCGAUAGUAGAAAAAGCAACUAUGGUAGCAGCAGUUCCAAAUCUUUAGACUCUGAUGACGACAGUGAGACAAAUCCGGAAUAAUAAAUUUUUGACGUUUACUUAAA